CGCGCCGCGAUGGUGGGCCGCGACAGCCGCUCGGAGAGCGCGGCGCGCCCCUUGGCGCCGCGGCAUGAGUAGCGCGCCGCACCGGCCCGGCCCGCGCGCCCGCCAUGGCGCAGGCCGGCGCGCCCCAACGCACCCACUCCUUCGCCAAGAAGACCUUCCACAAGCCGACCUACUGCCACCACUGCUCCGAUCUGCUCUGGGGGCUCAUCGGGCAGGGCUACGGCUGCGAAGUGUGCAACUUCAUAGUGCACGAGCGAUGCGUGGGGCAAGUGGUGACGCCGUGCUGUGGGGUGGCGCCGAGCCUCAUCAAGAACCCGGUGGCUCACUGCUGGUCAGAGCCGACGCACCACAAGCGCAAGUUCUGUACGGUGUGUCGGAAACGGCUCGAUGAAUUGCCAGCACUACAUUGUAUGAUAUGCGAGUACUACGUCCACGGAGAAUGCGUGGACUUCGCGGCGGCGGACUGCAAGGAGAACGCGACGUACUGCGCGGGCAGCGAGCCGCGGCACGUGCACCACUGGCGCGAGGGCAACCUGCCCGCCAACUCCAAGUGUGCGGCGUGCCGGCGCGCCUGCUGGUCCGCCGAGUGCCUCACCGGCUACCGCUGCGAGUGGUGCGGCAGCACGUGCCACGCCGGAUGCCGCGCGCUGCUCCCCGAGGAGUGCAACUUCGGCACGCUGCAGCCGAUCUUCCUGCCGCCGGCGGCCGUGUCGAUCCCGCGCACGGAGGUGCCGAUGGAGGCCAUCAUCGGCGUGCACGUGCGCCCGCCGCCCUCGCAGCGCGACUUCGGCUGCCCUCGAAGCGUGAGCGAGGAGUUCAGCUCGGGCUGCGAGGGCCGCUCGGGCUCCGGCGGCGGCUCCACGGGGGCGCCCGCCGACCAGGACCAUAGACCUGACCAUAAACAACAUAGAGAUCGAACACCAGAUGAUCGAGAUGAAGAGGUCGUAAAAGUGUACGACGGAGAAGCAGCGUGGUCUCGUCGCUUGUACCGGCCAGUAGUAGUGGGCCGCAACUGGAGCGAGCAUGAGCUUGUUGCUGCAGCCCUUCGUGCCUUCCACGUGGCACGGGACCCAGAACAAUUUGAGCUGACAGAUGCACUUGCAGGGGAAGAACCGCCGUUGAAAGAUCCUACACCGUUAGCAAGAGUGACCCGCUUGCCGAAUAAGAGACCAGCUUUAUUCCUACGCUUCAAGGAGCCAGAAACAGGUGGUGGUGAGGUCCGCGUGUACCCGGGCCGAGUUGCUGGUGCGGGAGAUGCGUUCGUCACCGUCACCUGCUCGGGAGAAGACUCAGUAGCUGACCUCAUGGCGUAUGCCUUGGAGCGGUUCGGCCUCGAUCCAGCUAGGGCCACGCAGGACUAUCGGUGCUCGGAGAUCUUGCUUGAUCGAGGAGUAUCAGAACGCGUGUUAGAAGAGGACGAGCGUCCGUGGCGCAUUCUAGUCCGCUUGGCCCGCGACUCGGUCCGGCGCAUGGAACUCGCCCGCUUCUACCUGCAGCCGCGCCGCGACCCGCACGGGCCCACGCUCGCGCUGUUCGUGGCCUCGCUGCCCGCCGGCCUGUCCGAGCGGAACUACGAGACGAUACUGGUGGAGUUCCUGGGCGCUGAUAACAAGUUCACAUCAAUCGGACCGAUCUAUUACGAGUACGGAUCAAUGGUGAUCACGUAUGAAGACGCAAGUAAGGCUGUGCGCGCACUCUAUGCGCUAAGAGAGGCUAAAUAUGAAGAUAAACAUUUAUUAGUUAUGCUACUCCCAAGCAUCGAACCCGCGAUGGUGCCCUCGGACGUGAAGCCGCUGCUGGUGUUCGUGAACGUCAAGUCCGGGGGCUGCCAAGGGCUCGAGCUGAUCUCCUCCUUCCGCAAGCUCCUCAACCCCUACCAGGUGUUCGAUCUGGAGAACGGCGGCCCUUUGCCUGGGUUAUACGUAUUCCGUCACAUCCCCAACUACAAGAUCCUGGUGUGUGGUGGUGACGGCACCAUCGGCUGGGUGCUGCAGUGCCUCGACAACGUGGGCCAGGACUCGCAGUGCUCCAACCCGCCGUGUGCUAUUGUUCCGCUUGGGACUGGCAACGACCUAGCCCGCGUGCUGCGCUGGGGCUCGGGCUACACGGGCUGCGAGGACCCGCUGUCCCUGCUGCGUGACGUCAUCGACGCGGAGGAGAUCCGCCUCGACCGCUGGACCGUGGUCUUCCACCCGGAGGACAGCAAGCAGGACGAGCCCAAGGAGCUCACCAAGCAGCUGCAGCCCGUAUUCACGUGCGCGGGGCUCGGCUCCCAGAGCGAGGACAACUCCCAGAUCCUGGUCAUGAACAACUAUUUCGGUAUUGGCAUCGACGCUGAUCUCUGUCUCGACUUCCACAACGCGAGGGAGGAGAAUCCUAAUAAGUUUAAUAGCAGGUUACGCAACAAGGGCGUGUACGUGAAGAUGGGUCUCCGAAAGAUGGUGGGUCGCAAGAUGUGCAAGGACCUGCACAAGGCGGUCAAGCUGGAGGUGGACGGCAAGCCCGUCGACCUGCCCGCUGUCGAGGGCAUUAUCAUCCUGAACAUUCUUAGCUGGGGCUCCGGCGCGAACCCGUGGGGCCCGGAGAAGGACGACCAGUUCAACAAGCCCAACCACUGGGACGGCAUGCUGGAGGUGGUCGGCGUCACCGGCGUCGUGCAUCUCGGACAGAUACAGUCCGGUCUGCGCGGGGCCAUGCGGAUCGCACAGGGCGGGCACAUAAAGAUCAACCUGAAGAGCGAGAUCCCGGUGCAAGUGGACGGCGAGCCCUGGGUGGCCGCGCCCAGCGAAGUUGUCGUGCUCAAGUCCGCGCUUAAGGCGACGAUGCUAAAGAAGACGAAGCGCGGGUCGGGCGCGGGCCCCGCGGCGGGCCCGUGACGCCGGCCCGGCUCAGCGGCGCGCCUCCCGCAGGCCACCAUGCUGAAGAAGCGCGCCAAGAUGCGGCGCCGCAGCACGGAGCCGGCGCUGCCCGCCGCGCCCGGCGCCGCGCCCCCCGCGCCCCCCGCCGCCCCCGGCG